CCAGACAAAAAGCGAAAGAAGAAGAGGACCUGCAGGACAGUAGAACGGGUGAGAGUUAGCCGUGACUCACAACAAAAAACGACUCAAGAUAGAUAGCCAAGCCCAAGGCGCUAUGCCUCGUAACUAUUGUCGAAAGGAAGGAGACAAGGCUGGGAUGUACCUCGAAGAUAUAGGGGCGUUGCACAAUAACGAUAAACUAAUCGUCGAACAGAAUCACGAAGCCGCCCACCACAACUAUGCUAGACACGAGGGAAGAGGAGGCGAUGGAGUGGUUGGAGACGAAAGGGAAGGUCUCCAAUGUCAGUUGAGAAGAGAAGCCUGUCACCGGGACGAAGCUGAGGAGGAGGAAGAGGCGAGCUGAAGCAGGAGUGAUCACCGAAAAAGGAGAAGAUGGAUGGGCUGGAUAGAAAAAGAAAAGGACCGGGGGGAGCUAAUAUGCAAAGCACCACGGACCUUCGACUAGUGGACGAUACGUGACGGGGGGUUUGU